UUCUUGAAACCAGGUUGGAGGUGGCAAUCAAAUUAACCAAAAGCAAAGCCAAAGUGUUCUGUUAUUUCGUGAACAAACAUGGGAAUCCCAGCACAAACCCAGCUGCAAGAAGAUAAAGAAAAUGGAGUUUCCACUAUCCCUCUCCUCACUCCCUUCAAGAUGGGCAGAUUUAAUCUCUCUCACAGAAUUGUAAUGCCACCAAUGACCAGACAGAGAUCUUAUAACAAUAUACCUCAGCCACAUGCGGCGUUAUACUAUUCCCAAAGAACCACCGAGGGCGGCCUUCUAAUAACUGAAGCAACUGUGGUUUCUGAAUCGGCUCGAGGGUACAAAGACACGCCAGGUAUAUGGUCAAAAGAGCAAGUUGAGGCAUGGAAACCCAUUGUAGAUGCUGUCCAUGCAAAAGGUGGGAUCUUCUUUUGUCAGAUUUGGCAUGUGGGAAGAGCUUCAACUUAUGAAUAUCAGCCAAAUGGGCAGGCUCCUGUCUCCUCGACUAGCAAACAAUUGAUGCCCCAAGUUCAAGCAAAUGCAACAGAAGCUGCAAAAUUCUCACCACCAAGGCGUUUAAGGACAGAAGAGAUCCCUCUAGUUAUCAAUGACUAUAGAGUUGCUGCAAGGAAUGCUAUGGAAGCUGGUAAGUUUUUAUUCCGCCUCUAAUAUAAAACUACAUAAUAGAUCUCUAAACCAUUUCAAUUCUGCGAAAAGAGUGAAUUCAAUGGCCAAUACUGCCAAAGUGCAGGUGCUGCAAUUAUCUCACUCAAAUCGCAUAGUUAAACUUUAGUGCACCGCUGUAACUCUUUAUAUAUCGACAAGUUCACAAUUCAUGCCUUUUGAUUUCUUACUGUGUUGGCCAGUGGUCGAUAUAAGCAUUUACUUGUCGGUCAUUAGUACAAGCAGUAGGAGGAAAAUAUGUGCGAAAGAAGUAAACCCUUUGAUUCAAAACAAUUAAAUUAAUUAUUUGUUAUCUUGGGCAUAAGUCCUCUUAGAAGGAAGGUGCCACCGCCAUGAGCUCUUCCUUUUAUUCUCUUCUCUUGUUGUUUGAUGUUGUUACUUUCCCUGAAUGCUAAAUUUGCACUUGGGUUUAUUUAGGUUU